AUGCCAUCCAAGAAGUUCGAGAUGGGUGCGACUGUCGACCACGAAGAGUUGCCCUCCGACCAUAAUGCGGCAUCUGAUCACCUGGAUCUGAAAGAGAAGCCUGAUCCUCUGGCAGCGGAUCCGGGCAUUGAGGUCGACGCUGCCACUGACAGGCGGCUCUUUUGGAAGAUCACUCGGCGCAUUCUAGUCAUCCAAGUGAUCACCUACUUCUGCCAGUCACUCGACAAGGGAAUAUUGAACUAUGCCUCUAUUAUGGGUAUCAAGACGGAUGCGCACCUAGUGGGACAGGAAUAUUCAUGGCUUGGGACCAUCCUCUACAUUGGUAUUCUUGCGGGCGAAUACCCUCAAAAUUUCCUGCUACAGAAAUUUCCCCUAGCGAAGAUGCUCUCGAUCAAUGUGUUCCUUUGGGGCGCUAUUGUAGCAUGUUCUGCUGCAUCGACCCGGUUCGGAUCGCUCAUGGCCGUUCGAUUUCUCCUGGGUUUCUUUGAAAGUUGUGUCCAGCCAGCUAUGAUGUUGCUGACCGCGAUGUGGUAUAAAAGAGAGGAACAAUCAGUCUUGAAUGCGAUCUGGUAUUGUAUGACGGGUGUAUCCUUGAUGAUUGGUGGCCUUCUUGCCUUUGGUGUGUCCCAUUUUACAAACGGCCCGAUCAAGAAUUGGCAACUACUGUUCCUGAUCCUGGGCUUGGCUACGUGCGUCUGGUCCUUCUUCAUCGCCAUCCUUCUGCCCGACAGCCCAUUGUCCGCAAAAUGUUUCAGCGAAGAGGAUAAGCGUUUGAUGAUUGAGCGGGUACGAAAGAAUGAGACUGGUAUCCAGAACAGAGAGUACAAGAGAUAUCAAAUCGUCGAGGCUCUCAAAGACCCCUUUGUCUGGUGCUGCGUCUUGCUCAUCACUGUUGCCAACUUAGUUAUUGGUGGUCUCGGUGUAUUCUCCAACCUCAUCAUUCAACAAUUUGGGUUUUCGCUUUUGCAGACACAGCUGCUCAAUAUUGCCCAGGGCGCAUGGACUAUUUUGAUCAUGAUCGGGUCCGCAUGGGCAGCUCAGAGAUUCCAGCAGACGUGCUUCGUCAUGAUUCUAUGUGCAAUCCCCGCUCUAGUCGGGACAAUUGUAAUCCUAGUCGUCACCCCAACUGCUUCGAAUGCAGGUGGCAUGCUCAUUGCUUUCUAUUGCACGCAGUUCUUCCUAGCCGAGGGGAACAUGAUCAUCUCACUGAUUACGCGGAAUGUGGCAGGCCAGACGAAGAAGGGUAUCACAAUGACCAUGGUCUUUAUUGGCUGGGCUGUUGGCAAUCUCAUCGCCCCCCAGAUUUUCCAAAGCAAAGAUGCUCCCCGAUACCUGCAUGGUUUCUUGACACAUAUUGUGGUUUAUGCGGUUUAUGUUGCUCUGGUGGUCUUGACACGAAUUAUCUUGAUGGCGCGGAAUCGCUCAAAGGUGCAAGAGUCAGCAACAGUUUCACAUGAGUUGGCAUUCGAGGAUUUUACUGACCGCGAGAACCCGAAUUUCCGAUAUGUAUAUUAG